AUGGAGGCCAACGCAGCCUUCAUCAUCCGUGCUGGAAGUGGUAUGAUUGCCUCAGCGCUUUGCGGCGCCCUUGACCUUCUGCUCAAGAAUCCUGCUACGCUAGCUCGAUUGCGCGUGGAGCUCGAUGCCGCCUGUCGACGGGAAUCAGACAUCCCCAUGGAUCGCCUCGCCGGGCUGCCUUAUCUCGGCGCCGUCGUCAACGAGAGCUUGCGCAUGUACCCACCCGUCGGACCUGCGUCGCAAGGUGCCCCCCGAAGUGCUAUUGUUUGUGGUCACUUCAUUCCUAGUGGGGCAAUCACGACCCUCUAUGCCCUGGCCGCGUACGGCAACGACGUCAAUUUCGCUCUGGACGCGUCUUCGCCCGGGAGCGUUGGGUUAACGACCAGCGAGCGGCCCGAUUGGACGCAUCAGCAUCAUCUGGAGGCUUGUCAACCGUUCUGGGUCGGGCCUCGCAAUUGUAUUGGGAUGAGCCUCGCCUAUGUAGAGAGAAAGCUCGUCCUGGCUCAGUUGUUAUUUCGCUUCAACGCAAAGUUAGCGGGUGAUGCAUUCGACUUCUCCAAGCAACGCGUGUACAUCAUGCGGGAAAAGCAUUCCAGCUCCACGUGA